AGAAGAGUGCUGGGCAUGCAGACAGCUCUAGGCUGGGUGUUGCCAAAGGCCAGACAGCAGGGAUGCCUCAGCUGGGAAAGGUUUGACAUCUACAGGAAGGUGCCCAAGGACCUCACGCAGCCGACGUACACUGGUGCCAUUAUCUCCAUCUGCUGCUGCCUCUUCAUCCUCUUCCUCUUCCUGUCAGAGUUUACCGGAUUCAUCACGACAGAAGUGGUGAAUGAGCUCUACGUCGAUGACCCAGACAAGGACAGCGGAGGCAAGAUUGACGUCAGCCUCAACAUCAGUUUACCCAAUUUGCACUGUGAAUUGGUCGGGCUUGACAUUCAAGAUGAGAUGGGGAGGCACGAAGUGGGCCACAUUGACAACUCCAUGAAGAUCCCACUGAACAAUGGAGCCGGCUGCCGCUUCGAGGGCCAGUUCAGCAUCAACAAGGUUCCCGGCAACUUCCACGUGUCCACACACAGUGCCACAGCCCAGCCUCAGAACCCGGACAUGACACAUAUCAUCCAUAAGCUCUCCUUCGGGGAUACGCUACAGGUCCAGAAUGUUCACGGAGCUUUCAAUGCUCUCGGGGGAGCAGACAGACUCGCCUCCAACCCCCUGGCCUCCCAUGACUACAUCUUGAAGAUUGUGCCCACCGUGUAUGAGGACAAGAGUGGCAAGCGGCGCUACUCCUACCAGUACACAGUGGCCAACAAGGAGUACGUUGCCUACAGCCACACGGGCCGCAUCAUCCCUGCCAUCUGGUUCCGCUAUGACCUCAGCCCCAUCACAGUCAAGUACACAGAGAGAAGGCAGCCGCUAUACAGGUUCAUCACCACGAUCUGUGCCAUCAUUGGCGGGACCUUCACUGUGGCUGGCAUCCUGGACUCCUGCAUCUUUACAGCCUCAGAAGCGUGGAAGAAGAUCCAGCUGGGCAAGAUCCACUGACAUCUUGGCACCCUGUGACUGAGGACCAGGAACCCCUCUAGCCCUGCCUCCAGCGUCCUAUUCCUUCUGCCUUCUCUGGCCCCGUGUGUGUGGGAGGAGGGGGUGGGUGGGAACGGGUGGCACAAGGUUCCACAGCUACCUCUUUGCCCAUGUUUUAGAUAAAUUAACACUGCCUGGAGUCAUGGUGUUCCCUUCCCUGCAGAGCCUCAAGACCAGAGUCAAGCAUGGGGAAGUACUCCAGGGAUGCUGGUGACCCCGUGGGAAGGCUGCAGUCUUUUCUCUGUUAGGGAAUAGCCUAGAGUCCACACAGACCAGCUUUCAGACAGGCUUUGACAAUCUUAAGCCCCCACCAUUCGGAUACAUUAACAGCCUGAUUUCUUGCCCAGCAGCCAACCUGAGCUCUAGGCCUUGGGACCAGGCUGCCCAAAGGUACUGCUCGCUGGCACUUUCAACACGGAAUGGUACUUGGCAGGCAAGCCCCUAAAUACAGCUCCUUAGCUGGAGCUUGCUUCUGCCCCAUUACUUCAUAUCCAGCCCUGAGCCCAGGUCUUUUCUCUUGCCCUACCCCUGCCUCGUUCUAUGAAGCAGAUGCCCAAUUGCUUGGCAGAAUGGUGGAGACUCAGAUUUGCCUGGCAGUCCUGAGGCAGCUCACAGGUGCCUCUUCUUUUGUCCUUGCUCUUCUGAAUCCCUCACCAAUGUGCCUCAGCCGCUGUGCUAUGUGGCAAUAGCAUUUCUUGGUGAAGGGGCUGGUUCCCAUCGUGAAGCCUCCCCCCCCCCCCCACCCAUUACAUUCUGCCAAGGGAAAGGGCCAUGUGGCUGGAAGGUCAUCCUGGGAGGACCACGGAAGGCACAGUUUGUGCACUUCUCUACAAUCCAGAACCAUCCUUUCCUGCAAAUCACAACCGAUCAUGUCUUGACAUCGACCUUUGGUCCGGAGGCCUUAGCUGGGGAAGUGAAGCGGGCCAAGCUUCUCUUUGCACCUCCACCUUUCGGGCUCCCGAGGGAUGUCCAGCACCUUCGACCCAUUUGCCAUUGAGACCCCCCCUAUUAGCUGAGCACACACCAACUCAUCCCUAGCCCCUUGGGGGGCUCCAGCGUCUCCACUUUCUCUUGAGGUGGAUCCCUUCCCUGUCACCCACCUCAUCCGUCCUUUUUCUUUUCCCCUAAUGGGAGGGGCAAUGGUCCAGGCAUGACUUCUAUCCAGAGAAUUUUAGCUAUGCUCUCACGUCCAGAGAGAGGGCUGCAUGCCUGGGCUUCACUUCUAUGGAGAUUGCUUGCAUACUUUUGUAAUGAAGGGGAGUCUCCAGUAGGAAGUUUUUUUUGUUUGUUUGUUUUGUUUUUCUGUUUUUCUUAAAUAAUCUCCCCUGGGUAGCUGGAUUUUCUGCCAUUUGUAAAUUUUGCCUCUUGAAUUCCAAUUAGCAAAACUUCCCUUUUUAUAUGAGUUGACUCUCCUGUGUGUAAACUGCCCCUGAGUUAUUUCUGGUAUCUGGCAACUUGGAUAGUUAUCUUUUUUUUAAACAUUCUGUUCCACAGCUUCAGAAACCAGUCCCUUUGGUGUGUGAAUCUGUCCCUGGUGGAGGGUGGGGCAGGGUGGGAUGGGGCAGGAAAUAUGUGGCAUGCGUGUGAAUUGUGAUCCCACUUUGGUGAGGACACAGGAUGUCAGUUUCCCGUGGAAGAGACGCCUCUGGCCUGUUCUAAUGGUAUUCUCAAGGGGACAUAUGUUUCGAUUCUUUCCCACCCAUUGGGUUCAAAUAGAUGAUUAAAAGGCUGCUUUUCAGAAAUAUU